AUGUUCAACGCCGCCCGCCUCCUCGCCGCAAUCUCCAUCGCUCUCGCGGUCUCCGCAUCACCUGUCGUGACCAUCCGCGACAGCCUCGUACAUGUUCCGCUGUCGAAGCACGUCAACGUCACCAGCGGCCAUGCACUCCUCGCAAGCGACCGUGCUCGUGCUCAUAAGCUGCACACGACUAGCCGCGCGAACACUCUCAAGACCACCGGGCGGGUCAACAUCGCAAACGCUGGUAAUGUCGGUGUCGAGAAUCAGGCCAUUGUCUAUACCGCCUCGGUUGACGUUGGUAUCCCCGCCACGAGCUACGACUUGAUCGUAGAUACUGGCAGCUCGAACACCUGGGUCGGCGCUGUGAACGAGUACAUUCCUACGAACUCGAGUACAUUCACCGGACAGCUUCUGUAUGUCGAAUAUGGUUCUGGGGCCGUGGUCGGAGUCGAAUACACCGACGUCUUCAGCCUCGGCGAAGGCCUCACAAUCCAACAGCAAUCCAUUGGUUCCGCAGACUACACGCAGGGUAUCGCCCCGUACGAUGGCAUCCUGGGCAUUGGGCCGCUCGACCUGACCAUUGGUAGCAUGACACUCAACGAGUCGGCAACCGUUCCGACUGUCCCGGACAAUCUGGCUGCCCAGGGAUCUAUCCCGAGUGAGGUCAUUGGCAUCGCCUUCGAGCCAGCGUCCUCUCAGUCGACCUCCAACGGUCAACUAACGUUCGGUGGUGUGGACUCUAGCAAGUUCACCGGCGACAUCACCUAUGCGCCACUCACCAAAACUGAGCCUGCGGCUGAGUACUGGGGCAUCGAUCAGUCCGUGGCAUACGGCGAGAAGACGAUCCUGCCGCUCACAGCCGGCAUCGUCGACACUGGAACCACGCUCCUCAUGCUCGCGACCGAUGCCUUCAACAACUACACGGCCGCGACAGGUGCUGUGCUCGAUGGCACGACGGGGCUACUCACAGUUACGCCCACUCAGUUCAACAACCUCGAGAGCCUAUUCUUUACCAUCAGCGGUACUAAAUUCGAACUCACCCCCAAUGCGCAGCUGUGGCCUCGCUCCCUGAACUCGGCCAUCGGCGGUAAAGACGAUGAGAUGUACCUUAUCGUCGGUGAUAUUGGCCACAACUCCAGCCAAGGUCUCGACUUCAUCAACGGGUACGCUUUCCUCGAGCGCUUCUACAGCGUAUUCGACACGGCCAACUCGCGCGUUGGUUUCGCAACGACUCCAUUCACAGACGCGACCACGAACUAG